AUGUCGCUGGCACCACGCAUAAGUGCAGCGGUGUGGGAGGAGCAUAAAGAGGCAAUUUUCCAGUGCUAUAUCCAAAAAGGCCGAACGCUCGCACAGUUACGCAGGGAAAUGCUUGCUAAGUAUCAGUUCGAUGCGACAGUGUCUCAAUAUACGACGAAGCUCGACAAAUGGGAUUUCAAGAAGAACCACUCCAGGCAAAAGUGGAGCGAUAUUGAUGCCAGCCUCCAGCGACGCAGCUUAAGUAGCAGUACUGCUACCGUCUUGUCCCGGAAGAAAGUAAUUCCCAAAAACAGAUUGGAGCGAGCAACGACUAGAUAUCGACCACUAGAAUGGGAUAGACGAGUUCCUGUUGCUCGGGCUGAGACUCCUGAUGAUAUUAUCAUACAUGCAGCUCCUCCCCACAGACCUCGAAUGAAAAUCGUCUGUGACUUCCUCCCAUGGCAAGACUUCUUGUCGAGAUCAGGAUGGAAGGCUAUAUGUUCACAAUCACAAUCCAUGGUCAAAACUCCGACGCAGGGCUCAUAUGAUCUUGCAGACCCGAGCAUUUCGCUACCCUUAUUGGCCAGAAGCCCACAUAGAUUGAAUGGUGGCAUGGUAAACCACCUUCUACCUCUCAAUGGAACGAAUGUCAUGCGCCAGGUCUCACAACUUAGUGGACCUACCAUUUUGUCUUUGAUGGGCCGUUCACCGAACUCUCUUCGCAGUUUGUCGGAUCUUGUUCCUGCGUUGACCGAGUGGACACGACAGUUUGUGGUCGAGCCAUCUCGAGAGUGUUCUCCGAUCUCUGCACUUGCUCACAUCACGGAUGAGGAUUCUGAAGUUGCAGUACGAGGUUACGCGGCAUACAUGGCCUUCGUCGUCUCGAACAAUCUUUUUCAUCGUCCGAAUCGAGUGGAGCAAGCUACAUGGAGAGCCAUGCAAUCCCUGGCUCUGCUGUGGGACAAGCAUCUCGGUGCCAGGGUCCUGAGCGAAAUCUCUGGGGCCAACACACCCACAGCGCACGCUCUACUCACUGAACUUGGACAUGCGGCUAUUGAGUCAGGCGCAAACGACUUGAUAAUAGCGCUGAUCGAGCGCAGGGUGCUCUCCACAAAUAGCCCAACAAAUGGACCGGUAUCACGAACGCUGCUCCAGACUGCAAUCAGAUCCGAUAACAUUGACAUCGUGCGCUUCCUGAUCGCAAAAGGAGUGGAUGUCAGCGCCAGUAACCUCAGUGAGCGCACACGCGACAAAUGCCACGACCCGUGCCUCGCGCAUCAGAAUUUACCCCUAUCGCUGGCUGUGAAGCUGAAACAGCCUGACCGAAUGGUACAGCUACUCCUCGAGUCUGGAUCCACUGCGACUGGUUACGGCGAGCUAUACUGGGCAAUUAAAAGACAUGCUAGCCUGAACACUAUCAGCGGGCUGCUAAAUGCUGGAGCAGAUCCAAACUAUCUGGUCAGAAGCUUCCGAUGGGUCCGGAAUCGGGAAGUACUCACCCUUUCAAUGGCAGCUGAAAGAGGAGAUAACAGCCUGGUCCAACUACUUCUCAAGCACAACGCCAGCCCGAACAUGAUUUUAAGCACGGAGGCCGCCCCCGCUGUCGACAUUAAUCCACGGCUAGACGUGCGUUUUCGCUCGCCGCUGAUGGCCGCUGUAGACUCUGAGAAUUACGAAGUCGCAGAGCUGCUUCUUGAACACGGCGCCGAUCCAAAUAUUUCCUCUUUCGACAGCUGGCUAGAUUAUAAGAGGAAUCAAGGCCUCGAAUCCUGCCUCUCGACCGAUGCUCCUGGUAUGAACGAAUGCUUCUACGUAUACCCGAUGCAGGUCGCCAUUGCUCGUGGACAGCAAGCCAUGAUACAGCGACUCAAUGAUUGUGGUGCCAGCCUUAACGUUGGCUGGGUUACACCUCUAGUGGCAAUCGCCGAUUUCCACUCACGAUCAGAAAUUGUUGCAUGGUUGGUAGAGCAAGGUGCAGACAUCAACGCUACCACCGAUAGCAUAUAUGGCUUCGCGGCAUUAGAAGCAGCAAUCUAUACACGGAACAUAUCACUGUUAUGUCCAGCAGGCGCGAAUGUCAAUCUUGUUCCCCGAAGAGAAGGGGGGCGAAGCGCCCUUCAGGCUGCAGCUGAGAUCGGAAAAUUUUCAAUCUUCGACUCUCCGGUUGAGAUCGGGGCUGACAUACACGUUCCAUGCGCUCCGGCCGAAGGACUCAGCUUGUUGGAAGCUGUAGUCAUGCAUGAUGACCAUGAACGUGUCCGGCAACUACUGAGUAUGGAGCUCAGUCCAAGUCAGGAACGAGGCUCGAAAGGUUCCCCACUCGGUAGAGCGGUUGCGCUGGGAGAUUUGGAGAUGAUUCGGCUUCUUAUCGCAGCAGGGCCCGACAUCAAUGAGAAGGCGAGUGUGGACAUCAAAAUUCCGUAUGAUAGGGACUAUGUUUUCCACUUCCGCGACGACAACUUUCGAGACGAGAUCACGCCUUUGCAUCAGGCAGCCAUCGCGGGCAACGUAAACGUGCUGGAAAAUUUGCUGUCUAUGGGCGCUGAAAUCAAUACUCUUUCAGCAACCUACCGCUUGUCAGCUCUGCACCUCGCCAUUGUGAUCAAGAAGUAUGCUAUCGCAGAGGCUCUAGUUCGGAAAGGCGCAGAGAUCAACACAACUGCAAUUUCUCAAAGAUUUUCCGCAAGAAGAUCAAACUUCACAUCGCCAUUGAUAUCAGCAAUCUCCUUGGGUUGUACAAAGCUCGUCAAACUUCUGAUCGAAUACGGCGCUGACGUCAAUAUGAAGGUAGGGCUGUUUGACCGUUCACUUUACAAUGUCUAUGCAUUGGAAGUUGCCUGCGAAAGGCUUGAUCUUAUAUUGGUGGAACUCCUGUUGAAGUCGGGAGCAAGAGCAAACGAUGGGUAUCCAAUCAUCGCUGCAAUUCGUGCAUACAAAUACUGCUGGAUUCCCGAAUCACCGAGUACGCUGCCCAGAAUCAUAAAAGUGCUGAUCUUGCACGGUGCCGACAUGGCUCGCAACCAUGAAAUCGAGGGGCUGCCCUUGCGGAUGGCAGUGGAAUGCUGCAAUCUAGACGUGAUGAAACAGCUAGUGGAUGCCGGAGCAGAUGUCAAUGCUGUCUCGGCUACCGAGGGUGAAUACUACUAUGCCAGGGCCCUCGCAGCAGCGGUUGAUUCUUACAGCCUGGAAAAAGUAGCAUACUUACUUACUCAAGGCGCUGAAGUCAAUGCUGGCGCUUCUUCAGGCAACUGUGCUCUCGAGGUUGCAGCUGACAGGGGCCUACUGUGUAUUGCCAAUCUUUUACUCAAGCAUGGAGCUUUUGUGACGAUACGUGCAGUCAGCAACGCGGCAUCUUCGGGACGCCUCGACAUGGUGAAGUUUCUUCUCGACAACUACAAUGGCCCAGAGCCGAUAAGCAAGGUGUGUGAGAUUGUAUCCGUGGAGGCCAGAAAGUUGAAUCAGUGGUUUGUCCUCGAGCUUCUGAGGGACUACAAGCCUCCAACCGCCAUGGAACGAGUUGUACCUAUAGUCACACCAGUUGCAUAUGUCGAGCAGGUGGAUGAGCCAACAGCUGGUGAUAAUAUGUUUUCAGGAGCGACAAAAGACUCGCUAGACAGACCUAUGGCUACCGAAACCCCACACACCGUUUCUGUUGGCACCGAAGGCAAGGCGAUGGCAGGAUCCACGGCGCUGGGCACUGAAGCGGCGAUCCCUUGUGGUAUGAGAGCAGAUGUCUACAUGACAGAGGCGCCCGACGAAUUCAUGACAGGAGUCCUGGAGGAGGAAUACGGUCUGUAUCGAGUGGCAUGGCGCAGUUGA